AAAUCACAUGAUGUUUUUUAAAAAAUACGUUAGAAAAGGUAACCAGCCUCUUCAACAAAUUGUAAAUAGAGUAAAUGAAUAUGAUAUGUUCAGUACAAUUGAAGUGCAAGAAGAGAUAUUUCCUAAACUGCUAAAUGAGCAUUUUGAAGGACCAUCACUAAAUUUGCAAUUCAGUAAACAAUACAAAAAAAUAGAAUUUAAGAAUUUUUUGUUAACUACGUCUGAACCAGAUAAUUGUUGUAUUGUUAACGAUGCAAGUGUUAUUAGUAUCAAAAAUAUUGUUUCUCUUAACAGUGAAGUUAUACUUAUAGGACAAAGUUAUCUUACACUUGAAGAUUUAUAUUUGAAACCAUGCAGGUCAUCUGAAUUAGGAAUAUAUAUUGUUAGCAAUAGUGGCCCUUUACAGUCUUGGAAUAUAAAAACAAUUUCCUGUAAAUGCUUCAAAUUAGAAUUUGAAAACAGACAUGUUAUAAUUCCAAUGUUGCAUACUAAAUAAAAUUUAUAGCUAUAUUUAUACAGGGUGUUGCAUAAAUAGUAAUUUGUGGUUACGUGCGUCUUUAUAACAAUGGACAAGACUAGUUGGACAAUAGUAAAAUUUGACCAGGAAGAUAGUGUUGAAGCUGUUCCCAGUACAUGGAUUGUAGGUAACUCAUGUUAUUGGCCACCUACCACAAACCAAGAAAGGAUAACGUCUGCUAUUCGGAGACAUGAUAUCCCGAGUACGUGCUGGCCCCAACACAAAAUUAGUCUAUUAAAAAAUGCUGUUUUUGAUAAUUACACAGAAGCACGACAAAAAACCAAAAUUGCUGAAUAUUCCAGCGAUUUAAACGAAGAAAUAUCUAGCCGAAAAAUUAGAUGUAGGAAAGGACAGUCAUCAUCCGAGACAAGUUCAGAAGACGAAAUACAAACCAUCCCAGAACCUCCGGGUAGGCGAUCAAAAACACAAUUAGAUGUGCGGAGUAAUAUCGAUAAUCGCAUGCGGAGUAAUACUGAUAACCACAUGCAGAGUAACACCGAUAAUCACAUACGGAGUAAUACCAAUAAUCAGAUUAGCUGCAUUUGUUGUCCUUUGCACAAAAAAGAUAUUUUGGGACAGAAGGAUAUCGUAUCUAUGCUAGAAAAUAUGAAUUCCUUGGUUAGAAAAUUUAAUUUAUUAUUAAAUAUUACUACUGACACCCUAGACGAAUUGAAGAACGUGAAAAAACAUUUAAAUAACACUAGUAAGGACGAUGAAACAGAAUCAGUCUUGAAUAAGUUUAAUGUACCCAUUACAUCUAUUGAAGACUUCUAUAAACUUGAAGAAUUUUUAGAAGUGGAGGAUAAUUUUAAAAAAUCUGUAUAUGAAUUUUCAAAAAUUGGAGGAAGCAACACAUACGACUUCAUAAGAAGAGUUUUAUCUGUCAUUAUAACAAAUAAUUUGGCCCAAAAUUUUACAUGGUUCGGAACAAAGGAAAAAAAAGCAUUUCAGAAGCUAAAAAUAUCUGAAGUUAUUAUUGAAGCUGCAGGAAAAUGCGAUAUUGGAGACCGGAAGUUGGUGGAAGAAGCUGUAAAAAAAUAUUUGCGACGGGCCAAGGAAAGGGCCGUUUUCGAAAAUAAAAAAUAUACCACUUAGUA